AUGACUAUCGACAGCCGUAAAAAGGUGCAACCCGAAGAGGACGACGGUGAAGACGUGACCAUCCAACACUGCCCGCCCAUCUUUGCCUCAUUCGAGAUUCAACAGUCGUUGCCGACGGUGGUGUGCGACAAGAUGCGUCUCCAAGUUCAAAUUGGUACUGAAUGUUUGGUUGUGCCAUGCAAGCCAGAAGAUACUGUUCAUUCGGUUGCUCGAAAGUCCGUUGAGAAGCUUCGUCGCCUUCGUCCUAAACUUCCUUUGGCUGAUAACUAUUUUGAAGUCCGACGCACCAUUGGAAACUCUCUUUUGGAUCCUGAAGAUCUAGUAUCAGAUGUUCUUAAGGAUAGUGACUUCAUUAUCGUUGCUGCUAAUGUCGAAGAAACCGAGGAUGCUAAGGAAGCCAAGAAGCAAGAAGAAAUCGACAAUGCUCGCGCCGAGUUGGAUAGAAUUGACAAUCGAAGGAGAAAGUUGGUAUUCUUCUUUCUCCCCAAACUUAAAAGAAACUUUUUCAGAGUCUCCUUUGCCGAUGCUCUCGCCCCAAUGGUUUUGGCACCCCCUACCAAGCUGAUCAUCUUGGAUGGUAACAGUCUCCUACCAGAGGAUCUUGUCAGAUGUGAAAAGGGAGAAUGUGCGAUCCAGCUAUCCAUGGAAGCCGAAGUCAAAAUCAAGAAGGCUAGAACUUUCUUGGAAAAGAUCGCUUCGGAGCAUAGACCAGUUUAUGGAAUCACCACUGGAUUCGGAACCUUCUCCAAUGUCACUAUUCCACCGGAGAAGAUCAAGAAACUCCAAUUGAACCUGAUUCGUUCCCAUGCAACUGGCUAUGGAGAACCACUUGCCCCAAACAGAGCUCGUAUGCUUUUGGCUCUUCGCAUCAACAUUUUGGCCAAGGGUCACAGUGGAAUCUCGGUGGAAAACAUCAAAAAGAUGAUUGCAGCGUUCAAUGCUUUCUGCGUCUCCUACGUUCCUCAGCAAGGAACAGUCGGAUGUUCCGGAGACUUGUGCCCACUGGCUCAUCUUGCUCUCGGCCUCCUCGGAGAAGGAAAAAUGUGGAGUCCAAAUACCGGAUGGGGACCAGCGGAUGCUGUUCUCAAGAAGAAUAACUUGGAGCCAUUGGUGCUAGGACCAAAAGAAGGAUUGGCCCUGAUCAAUGGAACUCAAAUGGUUACAGCUCUCGGAGCAUUCACCUUGGAAAGAGCUCACAACAUUGCCCGUCAGGCUGACGUGAUUGCUGCGUUGUCUUUGGAUGUUCUCAAAGGAACCACUAGAGCUUAUGACCCGGAUAUUCACAGAAUCCGUCCACAUCGUGGUCAGAAUCUAUCUGCUCUUCGCCUCCGUGCCCUACUCCAUUCGGAAGCUAACCCAUCGCAAAUUGCUGAGUCUCACCGAAACUGCUCAAAAGUUCAAGACGCAUACACUCUGCGUUGCGUGCCGCAGGUGCACGGUGUUGUUCAUGAUACAAUUGAGUUUGUUCGCGAAAUUAUCACCACCGAGAUGAACUCGGCCACUGAUAACCCGCUAGUUUUUGCCGAUAGGGAGGAAAUCAUUAGCGGUGGAAACUUCCAUGGAGAGUACCCAGCCAAGGCAUUGGACUAUUUGGCAAUUGCCGUCGCCGAGUUGGCCCAAAUGAGUGAGCGGCGUUUGGAAAGACUGGUGAACAAGGAGUUGAGCGGUCUUCCAACAUUCUUGACCCCAGACGGAGGGCUUAACUCUGGUUUCAUGACUGUGCAGCUGUGCGCUGCUAGUUUGGUUUCCGAGAACAAAGUCCUCUGCCAUCCAUCUUCGGUCGACAGCAUUCCAACCAGUUGCAACCAGAUGAUUAACAUUAGAAUUUUUCAGGAAGAUCACGUCAGCAUGGGAGGCUUCUCGGCUCGCAAAGCACUUACUGUAGUUGAACACGUCGAGGCGGUUCUUGCGAUGGAAUUGUUGGCCGCGUGUCAAGGAAUCGAGUUCCUGAAGCCUCUAAUGUCUACUGCUCCACUCCACAAGGUCUACACUCUUGUCCGCUCCGUGGCUCCACCACUCAACGAGGAUCGCUACAUGAAGCCGGAAAUUGACGCUGUGGUUGAGAUGAUCCGUGAGAACAAGAUCUGGGAGACUGUCCUACCCCAUCUGGAGACAUUGGAAGCUAUGGAGGAACUGGAUCCAGAUGCACUCCGUCAAUUCGCCAAGACACCAACCGGAAUUGUUCAGGAUCGUUCGCUGAUCCCAAUUACGGAUUCCGAGGAGGAAGAAGAGGAUGAUGAUUGA